UACAGUUAAAAUAUUUUUUACUCUUAUGACUCAACUGCCUUCUGGGAUGACUGUACCACUUCACAUCUCCCAUCAGCUGAGAAUGAGAAGCACUGCUUCCCCAAACCUACAGCAGCAACAGGUUUAUCUAUUCUGUGGAGGAGAAAAUUUUUAAAAAUGGAAUCUGCUUUCUGAAUUUGAAGUAAACAUAGACCUCUUCAAUCUCCAGUUUUAGAAAUGAACUCGUACCCAUUUUAUUAAAACUUUACAAUUUUAUUUUUACACUUAAGCCUUCUAAGCAUCUGGAAGAUACUUUGCUGUAAGAAGAAUGUUCUGACAUAUCUACUUGAUGAUGGAGAUGGAACUUGCAUUUGUGUAUACCACAGACUGCUUUGGAUAUAUUACUCUGGAGCAAGGGAUAAAGCUACAGAUUCAGAAUUCAACAUGUGAUUUGAAAAUCAGCUCUUCUGCCCAAGUCAAUGGAUGGAUUAAAUAAUUCUAUGGUUUCUGAGUUUGUGUUGCUUGGACUCUCUAGUUCUUGGGAAACUAAAGUUUUUCUUACAUUAAUAUUUUCCUUGAUCUAUUUAGGAAUCAUCCUGGGAAAUCUCUUCAUUGUCUUUCUGGUAAUUUUUGAUUCUCAUUUACAUUCUCCUAUGUACUUCCUACUGGCCAAUCUGUCCUUCAUUGACGUGGGGGUUGCCUCUACCACAGUCCCCAAAAUGAUUAGAGACCUUUUAAAUGAAUACAAGAUAAUUUCUUUCCAAAGUUGUAUGACACAGAUAUGCUUCAUCCACAUCAUGGGAGGAGUGGAGAUGGUGUUACUCAUCGCCAUGGCAUUUGACAGGUACACAGCAAUCUGUAAGCCUCUUCACUACCUGAACAUCAUGAACCCUAAAAUAUGUGUUUCAUUUGUAAUUGCUGGCUGGGUCAUUGGGGUGAUCCAUGCUAUGUCCCAGUUUGCUUUCAUUAUAAACUUGCCUUUUUGCGGUCCUAAUAAAGUAGACAGCUUUUACUGUGACUUUCCCAGGAUCAUAAAACUUGCAUGCACAGAUGGAGCCAAGUUUGAGUUUAUUAUUGCUGCCAACAGUGGCUUCAUGAGCAUGGGCACCUUCUUCCUGCUAAUCCUUUCCUAUAUCUUCAUUUUGGUCACUGUCUGGAAACGUUCUUCAGGAGACUUAUCCAAAGCAUUUGUCACUCUGUCAGCUCACAUCACUGUGGUGGUUCUAUUUUUCACUCCAUGCAUGUUUCUCUAUGUAUGGCCUUUCCCCACAUCGUCAGUUGAUAAAUACCUGUUCAUUGCUGACUUUGCUAUCACACCCAUCUUAAAUCCCAUCAUAUAUACGUUAAGAAAUAAAGACAUAAAGGUAGCCAUAAAAAGAUUGAGCAAAUAA